CAACGAAACACAAAGGAAGAAGAAGUGCACGUACGCAAGCGUAGCUGACUAGCUAGCCCCCUGCCCCUCUCCUGUGCUGCACGCCAUGGCGAUGCUGAAGAAGAACACGAACUCCCUGAUGUGCUGCGGCUUCGCGGCCGCCCUCAUGGUGGUCAUGGCUGCCACCCUCCUCGUCUUCUCAUGCGAUGCCCGCGAAGAGAUGGAUGAUCUUGCUGCUUCUUUUGUGCCGGCGUCGUGCUACUCCAACUACUUCCCACACUGCACCGACCACCGGUGCAAGAAGUUCUGCGGCGGCGCCCGCGAGCCGCCGGUCCCCGGAGCCUUCUGCAACGACCGAAGCAACUGCUGCUGCCCCGUUAGUUGAGCUCCGUGGAAACGAUUCAAGAUGCCUAUAAGCAUAAAUAAUUUUUAUGCUGAGAAAUAUAUUUGGGGAUGCUUUCAUGGAACGUUGGCCAGGCUCGGCAAGAAGUUUUUUAAUCUUUUGUAAGCCGGCUUUGGGUAAAUUGUUUGUCUUUGACUGCUCAUGGUGGGAAUAACUUUUGCAGUAAUAUAAAGUCUAACUCGCAAAUUUGCUUA